AUGGUUCGAGAGGAGUUGAUCUCCUCAGCUGUGACAUUCCUACAGGAUCCCUCUGUGGCCUCAGCUCCGAUCGAGAAGAGGAUAUCUUUUCUACAAUCUAAGAACCUUACAAAAGAAGAGAUUGAUGUAGCUCUCGCCCGCACCGGCGAGGACCCGUCAGUGGUAGCCGCAGCAUCGUCGACAUCGUCGGGAUACCAAGCCGCACCACAACAGCCCAUCUACCGGCCACCCCCUCCACCACCACAAGGAUAUGGCUACCCACCGUAUGGCCAGUGGCAACCCCCGCCAGAGCCCCCGAAACGGGAUUGGCGCGACUGGUUCAUAAUGGCUACGGUUAUGGGCGGAGUCAGUUUUGGACUCUACACAGUAGCAAAGCGAUAUAUCACACCUUUGAUCGCACCCCCGACUCCGCCUCAAUUAGAACAAGACAAGCAGAAUAUCGAUGAGCAAUUCUCACGAGCUUUUGCUUUGAUCGAACAGCUCUCGACUGACACCGCCGCCCUGAAGACGGCUGAAGAGGCGCGUACUGAGAAGUUGGAUGCUACAUUGCGAGACGUAGAGACUUUGGUUGCCGAUCUGAAGACUGCGUCGCGGCGGCGCGAUGACGAGACUAGGCGCAUCAAUGAUGAGGUCAACGCACUGAAAGACGCCAUCCCGAAGGCGCUAGAGGGGGCACGCGAGGGCAAUGAAAACCGACUGCGGGAGCUGGGAACCGAACUGAAGAGCUUGAAGACACUUUUGGGUAACAGACUUGGUGGUGCUGCUGCUCCUUCUCCGGUUAGCGCAAGGGUACCUGAUACAACCGUCCCUAGCACUGAGUCCGCCUCGCCCUCGUCCGCACCCGCAACCAACGGAACUACGCCUACUCCAUCCCAAUCUGAAACUCCUUCCGGAGCGGCAACUCCGAGCGCCGGCUCUGCCAACCCCACCAACCCUCUAUCACGGUUCAGCAAGUCCCCCUCAAUUCCUGCCUGGCAGUUGGCUGCUGCGAAUCGAUCCAAGCCCGCGUCAUCUCCUUCCACUCCGGCGUCCGGUGAAAACACUGGCGCGGAACAGUCGAGCGCGCCUCCUAGUUAG